AGUUUGGACAACUCUGCUCUAGGGUAUAGAGAAGCUCUUUAAUAGAAGGGACCAUGGCAACCAUAACCCUGAUGAAGGUAGAACUGGGACGUACCUGCAGGAGAAGGGCGGGGUGGAUGGAUAUGACCAAGCAAAUAAGAUCAAAGGUCCAACAGCAACGAAUGACACACUUUAAAAUUCUGAGCAAGCUUCCUGGUUGACUGAGCAGAACUUGAACAUCCGAGAGGGAAAGCAGAAUCUGCAAGGUCAGGAAAUACAUAGCUGCAUUGCUCAGCAUGGACAACCAAGCAUUCGUGGUUAUUCCUCACCAUGGUGUGAUGGCCAGCCACCCAAACCAGAUUUUGUACCCAACUGGUGCCAUGCAUUUGGGUGGUCAGCCGCUCGGAACAGGCUAUCCAGGGAGCCAUCUCUAUGGAGGAACUGAGCCAGCUGGUAACUUACGUACAGAACGCAAAGGAGAACCCAGGGUGCUAGGGGCUAUCCAGAUUCUGAUUGGCUUGGUUCACAUUGGUUUUGGGAGCCUCUUGACCCUUCUCUUGGACAGAAGCCGAUCAUACACUGUGCUCUCUGGAUAUGUGUACUGGGGCGGACUCAUUUUCAUCAUUUCCGGAUUUGCAUUGGCGAUAACUGAGCAUAACAGAUCAUCCCUACAGAUGAAAGUCAGCACAUGCCUGAACAUUGUGAGCACUCUUGCUGCAACCGUUGGGAUAAUUGUUCUCCUCAUAGAUGAAAAUGUUUUUACUGUUUAUUAUACGCCCUCUGACUUAAUACGCCAGAGAGUAGCCCUAGGACUUUUAAAUGUCAUCUUGAUCUUUGCCAUCCUGGAGUUCUUCAUUGGAAUGGUCUCUCUAAGUUUUGGGUAUGAAGCAAUAUUCCGUCGAGGUGAAGAGGCAAUAUAUGAUGUGCCAGAUGCAGUCAUACCACACCAAGGAAAUCUUCUGCCAAUAGGUCCUCCUCCAUCCUAUGAAGCAUAUGCCAACCCGUGCUAUGAACCCUCAAGCCAGGGAGAAUAGAAAAGCCAAGAUGAGAUUCCUAAGAACAAUUACACCCAAUUCAGGUCUUCUGGAAUGCCAAGUCAAUCACAAACUUCAGAUGUGUCUCUGCUGUGUUAUGUACAUAGUUUUGGGAGAAAGGCCUGGGAAUAAGAAGGCAUGUCUCUUUGAAACUCCACUGUUGCUGGCACAAUGUCCUAGCUUCCCCAUUGUAAAGCAACCUACCUGUCGCGAUUCAAGCCAGAGAUAGACUGAUCAAUCUGAUUCUGUCCUCUCUCAGUUUCGCUGGCACCAAAUCAUAGGUCUGUUCCAUGCGGUUGUUGUAUAGAUUUUUUUGUUGCUCAAAGGAUGGACAAAAAGUUUCUAUUUAAAUUGUGCACAUUUUGUAUGUAUCUCUUAGGUCAAACUGACACACUCUUUUCAUCAAAUAUGCAUUUCCCAAUACUUUUCAAUGCAUUUUCCUGUAAAAUGUGAAUUUUGUAAAAAAAUUAAAUUUAAAAUAUGUGUGCCCUUUACACGCAC